GACUUGUUUUGAAACGUGCUUUUAAAAAUAUAUAUUGUGUAAGUCCUUGGAUAGCAUUGAUUUUAUUUAGAGCACGUUUUUAAAGCAUCCUGUGAAGUAGACAGCUUUGUUCGUGUACUAGGAUUUCUUGAAGUUAUAAAGGUCAGGCAUUCGCUGAAUUUAAACGGGCGGUGUUAAGACGCACGUGUGUUUAUUUUGGCAAUGAUUUGUAAGCAAUCUUUAGUCAGACCGCAUACAUGACGUGACAUGACAAAACCACUGUCCGAAUACUCGCUCACAGUUUAUUAUAGUGUUUCAGGGAGUAAACAUGGAGCCAGCGAGUUUGGAGAAGCUAAGUGUCUUGCACCACAGUGCCGAUUACAUUGUUGUCAAUAAGCACUGGGACAUACGAAUUGACAGCAAGAUGUGGUAUGAAAAUCUGACAGUUCAGCAUCAGCUGAAACAUCAUUUCCCACAUUUGGCCGACCCUGGGACGUACUAUGGUUUCAGAUUCUGCCACCAGUUGGAUUUCUCCACGAGCGGAGCACUGUGUGUCGCUCUGAAUAAGGCUGCAGCUGGGAGUGCUUACAAGUGUUUCAAAGAGCGACUUGUCACAAAGGCCUACUUGGCACUGCUCCGAAGAACAGUUGAAGAGGAAACAAUGACAUUGGACUUUGCUAUUGGCAAAAACACAACAGAAGGCAAAACUCACAUGAUGUGUAUUGAGGGCACAGAAGAGUGUGAAAAUCCAAAGCCAUGUCAAACUGAGCUCAAAGUCCUUGAGUAUGGGACGUAUGACGGUGAGCCGGUCACCAAAGUGCUGCUGCAGCCUCUUACAGGGCGCACGCAUCAACUGAGAGUCCACUGUAGGGCCAUUGGCCAUCCGAUUGUGGGAGACUACACCUACAGCUUGGGACAGGACAACGGCCCCUACCGCAUGAUGCUGCACGCCCACUUCCUGCAUAUUCCCUUACCCAAGGAACCCAUUCAAGUGACAGCACCUGACCCCUUCCUGCCACAGACGGACAAGCAAUGGGCUCCAGAGAGACUUGUGAAAACGGUGCAGGAAGCAUUAGAGGAUCUGCUGAACCUCUGCGCAGAAGAGAGCCGACCUCCUGCAGAUGCACCACCACCACAGGAAGAGGAGGAGAAAAGAAGAAGUGUAGAGGAGACGGAGGAGCAGAGGGCACAGUGCCAGCAGUGGCUUAGUGAGUGGACUUUGGACUGAAGCCGUCCCCUGCAGGGGUGCCUACUGGAAUCCUCCUUUCCAGCCUCUUCGUAACUGUUAAGAUAACACUUUACUUGACGCCGGCGUCAUACCCAUUACAUGAUGGUGUCAUAACCGUGUCAAAACAUUGUCAUCAUGACACAGUCAACGAUGAGUCAUAAACGAUUUUAUGGUCAUGACAAGUAGACAUUGUUUAGGCUGUCUAGUACCGCUUGAACCACGGCAGGGCUGAUAUAAUAAAGAUUUAGCACAUUUACAUUACACAUUUACCAAGCUAUAUCAGGACAUUGACAUGACAGUAGACAGUACAGGACAAAUUAUUCAACCGUUCCACUCACAGUUCAACUUCAUUGCACAUAAUGAUCAAAAUGCACUGAUGUCCACUUUGAAAAACGCUGGCUGUGCAAGCAAAAGUAUGUACCAGAGGAAUGUGCAAACACUAAGAGGAAAUACACAAAUCCUUAAAGAUGCACUGUGUAAUAAUUUAGUAUUAUAAUUUAGUUUCUUGCCAAAAUUCAUGCUGGCUAUUCUCAAAUGCUACCGUUUUCACAAAUAGGCCUACUUACUUACCACACAAGUAUUCGUUAUGACUGGGAAAAUUGCAUUUUUCACACACAAAAAGGGGGAUCCUCUCCAUGUCCGCCAUUUUGAAUAUCCACAGAUACUUAAUCUGCAAAACCUACUGUUCUUUGGUAAUAGUAAGUAGAUAUUCAUCAAAAGAUCAAAUUUGGCAGUAGAAAGCACAGUUUUAAUGAGCAGCAUUGUUGCAUUUUCUACUCUGGUCACCAUCCUUACAGUGCAUCCUGUAAAACAGGGGUGGGAAACCUAUGUCGUUUAGGGUCGUUUGCGGCCCUGGAGGACGUUUUAUACGGCCCCUAUAUCAUUUUAAUGUUAUGCAGCUUCACAUGAAAUAUGACAUGUUCUAAGGACUCUUUAAAAAUACAUUUGCAAUACAAUUAAAUUAUAUUCAGGGGAUCUAGAGAUGGUGGGGUCUGUUUUAAAGGUGGCUGUCUUCAAUUUAGGCGGAAAGUACUGCAGGAAAUCCUGGUUUGUGAUCAUAGUACGGCCCUCAGAGGACUUUUACGGCCCUUGGUGGAAUUCGAAGUGGCCCCUCCACUGAAAAAGGUUCCCCAACCCUGCUGUAAGAGAAACAUAGUUUAGAAAAGUUCAAAAAGUUUUAAAAGUACACUCAAUAAAAUAGAACAUAUGGCUCCUCUGCCGGAGUUUUGGGGUACAUUUAUAUUGUGGACUCCUGUGGAGCCUAUGCUCAUUUCCACGCAGUGGCAGCCUUAUUGCUCUCAUUUUGCAGGCCUUAUAAACUUGCCCCAUCAGCAAUAUUUGAAUGCAAAGCUGUUUGAAAAUAGUAAUGAUGAAAGGGAUCAUCAAAGUAACACCACUGUGUCAGUGUUGUACUACAGAGAGCAGGGCCUCUUUCUUUCUUAUUUGUGCUUCUUUGUUUUCUCGUCAUCAUUUCUUUUCUUUUCUUUUCAUCAUUUCAUUUCAAUGUCAUCAUUGUAUAAGUCAAAUUGGUAGUUUUUGUACACAAUGUUUUUUGUUGUAUUUUAUUGUGUAGCCUAUUUUAUAUGUAGCCUAGAUAAUACAAAAUACUGUAUUUCAAUGUUGAUUCAAGAUUCAAGAUUUUUAUUUGUCACAUGCUUUCUUGUGCAGGCACAAUUGGCAGUGAAAUGAAGGUUGCAACUGCUCUAUGCUGUGUAGAAUAAUAAAUGAUCAUU